AUGCCCGCCGGUUCUGCUUCUAACGGUCGCUCCAAUCGAGCUGGAAUCACUAAGAAUGCCUCCCCACAGCUUCUGGUGACGCUCAAGCUGGGGCCCGAGGUCUUGCAACAGUUCCUGGAAGAGCCUCACGACACCUCCGACACCAAGACACCUGAACCCUCAUCCCUACCCGACAAGGCCGAGCAAUCCUCUCCAGCCUCUUCUGUCGAGGCUCCUGUCGCUCGCCCAUCUGCAGACGUGGAAUCCAAUGCGGACGUAACCUCGACACCCGCGACAGGAGUGACUCCAGGUGAUACGCCUCGACGGAAGGGGAUCCCGGGCCCUAAACCAGGGAGCAAGCGUGGCAAUGGAUCAUCCGAGCCCGUUGCCCGUGUGCGUGGUCGACCUGGUCCGAAAAAGAAAGCUCGUCUUGAGGAUGGCAGUGAACCAGGCAAGUCGUCCAUGGCACCUCGGCUCGGACCAAAGGCCAAUACGGGCGCAAUCAAUGCACAUCUCCGCGCUCUCGAUCGUACCGGUGCGCCCUGUCGCAAGUGGGAGCGCAAGUCUCUGAAGCUGCGCAGCUUUACCGGCGUCAUCUGGCAGGUCCCCACUUGGGGCAGCCAUAAACUGGCGAAGGCCGAGUCUGAGGAGAACCCGACCUCCACUGCCCUGACGAACGGCGACUCCGACUCCAAGAACCUCGCUGCCCCUGGUACAGAAACUAGGAAUGGGAGCAGUGCGGUCCCCAGUGAGAAGAGCAAUGGAGACACCGAACUCACGCCGGCACCCUCCAACAUUGUCGAGCCUUCCUCUCCAGCGAUUGCCAUGGCUGCGUGA